AUGAAUCCGAAGCUCUUUGCAAACUUGCUGGCCACGGUGAUUACCUUGUGUUUUGUGCUACAUGCUUUUGCCGAGGGCGCUUGGUUGAAGGCUCUGGGAAUCUUUGUUGUCGGUUUGCUUGUUGUAGCAGUUUUGGUGAAUUUCGGGGAGAUUGUCAGUUUUUUGGCUUCCAUGCAUCAUUUACUUGUAAAGGAAGUCACCGCCGCCGCUAUACUAGUUGUCGGAGACAUAGGCGAGACGGUAAUGGUGGUGUCAAUCCUUUGCUAUUCCGUUUCGGUGGUGCUGUUAGGUGGAAUGUUCACCGUGGUUUCAUACGCCUACAAUGAAGGACUGAAGAAAACCUUGUCCAUGGUUGCUGCUUUCUUUCUCAUCAUCGUCAAAGGGGAGUUCCUGAUCGGAGGAUUUGCUCUCCUGGCAUUUCUGAUAGUUUACCGUAAUCAUGAAAAGGAGCACACAUUACACAAAUUGACCAAUAGUAUUACAACCAACAUCUUUGACGAAGAUUUGACUGGAGCAGCACUACUCGUCAUUUGGACAAAAUUUGUUGAUACUAUCCGUGCGUACUGCUGA